CCGGCCGCCCGCCGACGACGCAGCAACCCCGUGCGUGGCGUCUGAGCCGCAUUACAAGAUGGCUGUGCGGUGCAGUAGGCUCCAUUUUGGGAGGGGUUGCUAAACGUGCCGGCGCCCGGCGGGAUCGGCCGCGAAUUCAACUUUGUUGAGGCGGAACUCGACAGGUGGUUCAAAGCGACCACCGGCGAGCCACCAUGGCGCCGACCAAGAGCAACCCGCGGCGCAUCGUCCGAGACACGGGAGAGCUGACCAUCACUCCGACCGACAUCACCGACUCGCCUCCCAAGCGAAACAGCGAGCGGCUGGCCUCCCAGAAGCGCAAGGACGACAUUGUCAGCAAGAUGGCGGAGAUCUUCGAGGACGUGGCGCCGAUGGAAUCGAGCUCGGUGGUGGCCGUGCCAGUGUCCGAGGAUCAGCUCCAGAUGCCCGCCUGUGAAGAUGAGCCGCUGCCAGACAUUACGCUGAUGCCGGUGGCCCGACGGGAGCCGUCCCCUGUGCCGGUCACCGCCGUGGCAGGUCCCUCCAGCGGCGACGGAGGCUACAAUGAUUUCACAGGCCCUGCCACUGUGGAGCCAUACAGCUCAAUGACGCUGCUAAAAUCGGAGCCGGCGCCCAUCCCGGUGGACCUGAGGCCGCCGAUGCGCGUGCUGGAGCAGGGCGAGAUCCUGCUCUCGGACGACCCGGAGCAGGUGCGCGUCCUCAUCGAGCACAACAUCAAACUCAAGGGCACCAUCACAGAUGAGAUGCUGGAGAAGGUGAACCGUCUGCUGGAGCACAUAUCGGCCGACAAGUGCCACUGCUGCGGCGAGAGCAUCGAGACUGCACACAAGGGCGGCGAGUUCCUAUGUGACGUACCCGACUGUCUGAAGACGUUCCGCCUGAAGUCGUCGGUGGACCGCCACAAGCGGGUGAUCCACCACCAGGGAGACGUACACCAGUGUCCGCAGUGCGGCGCGCGCUGUGCUGACAAGGGCACCCUGGCCAGACACAUGUACACCCAUACCGGACUGAAACCCUACACCUGCGAGAUGUGUAACAAGCACUUCAGUCGGAAGUACCACCUGGACCGGCAUGUGAUGCAGACGGGCUGUGACGGCAAACCCAAGGCCGCCUACCCGUGCCAGGUGUGUGGCAAGAUGUUCACCCGCAAGGACAACCUGAGGGAGCACCUGCGCGCGCACGCCGGCCAGGUGCGCCGCAAAAAGUGCUACACCUGCCAGUACUGCGAGAAGCAGUUCUACGGCUCUACGCUACUGCAGGUGCACCUGCGGACCCACACCGGUGAGCGGCCGUACCAGUGCGACUUCUGCGACAAGAACUUCCCCUCCAUCGGCUCCUACAAGAAACACCGUCGGAUCCACACCGGAGAGAAGCCGUACGAGUGCAAGCACUGCGGCACGCGCUUCUCGGCUAAAGAGACUCUGAACCGGCACGUUCGUACGCACACGGGCGUCAAACCGCACACGUGCCAGUACUGCGGCAAGAGUUUCAUCCAGGCGUCGCAGCUCAAGAGUCACAUCUUCCACCACACGGGCCAGGGCGGCUUUAAGUGUCCGCACUGUGACCGCAGCUUCAAUAGGAAGGUCCGGCUACGGCUGCACGUAGAGUACGUGCACGAGGGCAAGAAGGGCUUCGAGUGCGAGUCCUGCGACAAAACGUUCGUUCGGAAGGAGGAUCUGGCGCGACACUCCGUGCUGCACCAGGGUAGCAGGGUACAUCGCUGCCCCAUCUGCGAGAAGACGUUCGCCAUCAAACCGUCGCUGAAAAUACAUUUACUGACGCACACGAAGGAGCCUCCCCGCUCCUGCGAGGAGUGCGGCCGGGCGUUCAUCCGACAGGACUGCCUGCUCCGUCACAUGCGGAAAAAACACCGGGAGAUGCUCGACCAGAUAAUGGCCGAGGCCGAGAAAAAGAAGAUCCAACAGCAGCUCAGCUCGCUCGAGGCCGUUGGUCGCCGGGACCAGCUGGCGGCAGACGAGCUCGAGGUCCGCUCCAAGGGCACUCUGUCGGAGCGCGCGCUGGGCGAGGCGCUCCGUGAGCUCCUCUCCUUACUGGUGGACGAGGCGACGCUGCAGGCGUUCGGCCACCCCGACCAGCCGGUGGAGCAGGUCCUAGAGUCGGUCAUCAGGCGCUGCGGCCACGCGCAUAUCGACGACCCGACCCUCUCCUACCCGGACAGACUCAGGGAGAACGCGAAGCUGUUGUUCACGGUGGUGAUCGACGACAACGCCGUGAAGACGCUGCUCAACAGCCAGACGGUGGAUGAGGUUAUACUGCACGUUCUGCGACUGGCCAAGUCCUAGGGACCGCCCUUCGUGACCGGUAGUGCCGUCUGUUGAAGUCCUGCGACUGGCCAAGUCUUAGGGACCGCUCCCGCGGGUGACCGGUAGUGUGUCUGGCGGAGAAAGCGUGGUGGAUGAUCGGCACACGGCGCAGGACGUGCUUGGAUUCUGCAGGACACGCUCGGUGGAGUCAUGGAUGAAGUAUUCCUGGAUAGGACACUCCCUAUUCCCCAACACUAGCGCCGGCGACCAAGCGGCCGCCCUGGUGGCGGAGCUCCGAAACAUCGGCGGCGAGUGCGCCGGCGGCCGCCACACCGGCUUGCGUGCUAAAAACGCGGUAAUUGAGGGCGAAAUUAGCGAACUUUAGCUCAUAAGACACAAUUUCAGACACUUUAGACAUAAUUUUUAGUCCUUUCUUAUAAUCAUUAUGGCUCCAUUUAGUCACUAUCACAUACGGAAUCAUUACGUGAUGCCCAUAAACUGAGCCGGUAUUCUUGACUUGCCGAUGCAAUUUAUCAUCAAAUAUCAUCGUUCCUCGGCAGUCAAACAAGCUCCUAUUGAUGAUUUAAUACAAAUAUCAACUUACUUUCAUGUUAUCGCAUAAAACUUAACUUUAUUCCAACAUUGGCUCUUCGGCUGUAAUCACGAACCCUCACUUGUCAGCAGAAUUUAAGCAACUUCUUAAAUCAAAACUGGGAAAAGAAUAUUUCCAUGACAUUCCUCAAUUCCUAUUCUACCUGGUUCACAAAAAUUUUCAUCAAAAUCGGUUAUAGGUAAGUAAUAAACGACAAAAGUAUACAAAAAGACACGCUCCGCCCAUAGCCCGCAAUGCUAAAAUGGCGCCAGCGCCCUCGCCGUCGGGAAAUCCGCCGCCGCCGCCGGGUGGUCGGAAAAUCGGCAGAGUGUCCGAUCCAGGAAUACCUAAUCCAUGGUGGAGUUAUGUAUUAGGGCAAUACAGCUGCGUGAUUAGCCCGGAAAGGAAAGCGCGAGUUACAUUGGACAAAAAGCAGGGGUGCUCACGCCGAGGAGGUUGUCGCUAAAAGGCACCAGGGAUGUCGGUUGAUGACAACGGUUUUGCAUAAAGAGGGCCUCUGAGAAGCUGAAGCGAUGUGAUGAUGCGUUUUAGGGUGGUUGUAGGAUAUGAAGCCCGGUGCACUUGCCCUAGAUAGUGUACAAAACGUAUCGCCAGUGGUCGAGACAGUGACGACUGAGGAAUGAUUGGGGGAGGGUUGUUCUAUUUGACUGCCGCGGGUUUAGAGACUCCGAUAUCCGGCACCCACUGGGAGCCGACGUUCCUUCGGAAGAUUUUUGUUUACUUGCUGUAGAGGAACCAAUAUCUACUUAUGUUGUACGGUUUGACGGCCGGUGGCGCCGUGCCGGCCCAUGUUACACGCAGUGACGGGCGGUGGGACUGGUCUCCCUCGCCGGGUUUUGAUACAUGACUUGUUUGACUGCGCUGUUACUAUGCUCUCGGGGUCGUCACAUCCACGCAGCAGCUGCCUGCGUGGGGGGGGGGGGGGGGAGUUCUAUGUGGCCUUCGCCCGCCGCUCGCGUUGUUACAUGUACCAGAUGGUUUGCGCAGAGGGCGUGAGAUGAUAUGACGCCACCCAUUAAUUGAACCAUUCGCCAUUUAGUGAGUUACGAGGAGACGUUUUGUAAAAAUAUAAUUAGCCGAGGCGGAUCGAGAAAGCGAGACGCUGAACUUUCUAGCAUGUCUUAUUCGCAAAAUACAGAUAUGUCGUAAGAA